AUGGUUCAUUCGAAGGAGCGUCGUUCGUGGGUGCACGUUUUAUGUGUACCCCUUGUCCUGCUUUGCACUGUGUCACUGGUAUGUGGGGCGUUUUUUUCAUUUUUUUUUUCACCACAAUUGCGCCAGCACAUGGGAAUACGAUUUAUCGUUUUCCAAAGUUCUCCCCGCAACCCGAAUGGGGCAACGCAGGUGGGGACCUCCGCAGGGACAUACCCACCUAGGUGUGCCAGAAGUUUAUCCGAUAGGAUGCUCUUUUUGGAUGGUUCUGUAUUCCAGGAGAAUCGCCUCGCGAAUGGGAACCACCUCCCGAAUGGGGACCACCUCCCGAAUGGGGACCACCACAAUGGCGUGAGCCAGGAAGGGCACCUACACGGGCAGAGGCACACAGACGGUAACUGGGCGGAGGGGAAGAACCACAACGCGUCUGAGGAGAAGCACCCUGGUGGAGACCAUCACAAGAAACACAACAUCUUUUAUAAGCACCACCGUACCUGGGCGGAUGGGCAGGGUGACAACUGGCCCGGCAUGGAGCAAGGAAACGGGUUCGACGAGCAGCAAGAAAACAGGCUUGGCAUGCAGCAAGGCAGUUUGACUAGCACGCAGAAAGACAACUGGCCCGACGUGCAGCAAGGCGGUUGGGCUGGAAUGGAGCAAGACAAAUGGCCCGAAAUGCAACAAGACCAAUGGCCUGGCAUGCAGAAAGGCAGUUGGCCUAGAAUGGAGCAAGGAAACGGGAUCGACGAGCAGCAAGGCAAAUUCCCCGACGUACAGCAAGAAAACUGGCCCGAAACGCAGCAAGGUAGUUUGCCCAGCAUGCAGCAAGAGAAAUGGCCUGGCACGGAGCAAGAGAAAUGGCUUGGCAUGGGGCAAGGCAACUGGCCUGGCAUGCAGAAAGACAACUGGCCUGACAUGCCGCAAGACAAAUGGCGAGAAAUGCAGCAAGACAACUGGCUCGAUGAGGAGCUAAACAAAUGGUUCGAUGAGCAGGAAGAAAAAUGGUUCAAUGAGCAGCAAGGCAAAUUGCCCCCCAUGGAGCAAGGCAAAUUGCCCGGCAUGCAACAAGGUAAAUUUCCCAGCAUGCAGCAAGGCAAAUUGCCUAAAAUGCAACAAGGUAAAUUGCCCGGCAUGCAGCAAGACAACUGGAUCGAUGAGAUGCAUCUCAAAUGGGACGCUGAGAGGUACAGCAAAUUGGAGGGAGAGAAAAACCAUGGCAGGGGUGCCGAGCAGCAACAGGGCAAAUCUGCAGAGCGGCAUGGCAAGUCUGCAGAGCAGCAACACGGCAAAUCUGCAGAGCAGCAGAAUGGAAGGUCUGAAGAGCUGCAGCUGGACUGGUCCUUUGGGGAUGAGCAUAGCGUGUCUGAUGCGGAUGACCAUAGCACGAUCGACGGGGAUGAUCGUAGCAGGUUCGGUGGGGAUGAUCGCAGCACGAUCGAUGGGGAUGAUCGUAGCACGGUCGAUGGGGAUGACCAUAGCACGAUCGAUGGGGAUGAUCGUAGCAGGUUCGAUGGGGAUGCGCAUAGCAGGUUCGGUGGGGAAGAACCUGACUUGUCAGAUGAGGAAAAGGAUAAGGAGGCCUCCCCCCAGCAACGUUAUGGGGGUUAUCCCAAGCAAAUUUACGGGGGCUACCCUAAGCAAAGUUAUGGGGGCUACCCCAAGCAAAGUUAUGAAGCCUACCCCAAGCAAAGUUAUGAAGCCUACCCCAAGCAAAGUUAUGACGCCCAGCAAAGUUAUGUAGGCUCCCCGCAGCAAGGCUAUGUAGGCUCCCCCCCGCAAGGCUAUGUAGGCUCCCCGCAGCAAGGCUAUGACGGGCAGCAAAGCUAUGCCGUCCAGCAAAGCUACGGAGGGCAGCAAAGCUAUGGCGGCCAGCCAAGCCAUACCGCCCAGCCAGGGCAAUGCUGCGAAAACGCGUACCCCAAUUGGAAGAACCGCAUCCUGGAAAGGUACAAGAAAAACCUCCCAUACGGUUGCACCAUCUAUGACCUUUCGAGGAAUCUCACCAACGAGCAAAUAUUAAACAUGCCCGAAAAAUUAUUUUUUAAGCUCAGCAAAAGAAAGGCCUUUAUCCUAUACUUUUACCAUGGGAUCUAUUUGGAAAGGAAAUACUACGUAAUGGUAGAUUACAUGAAUAAGUGGUUCUUCAAUCUGGCCAGAACGAAUCAUUUGCCAGAAGAAUACAGGCUGGUGUGGUGGGACGAGUGUCUUAUGGAGCUGCUAUACGACUUGGAAUGCCUCCAAAGAACGUGCGAAAAUUUCUUUCGCACGUUUGUUGGAAAAAGGAGAAAAAAGAUUUGGACGAUGCCAUUUGAGAAUUUACUAAAUCGCUUUUACAGAAUGACACUUAAAAGUGCCGUCCGAAAUAAAGACAAGUGGAUUCGCAUCUUGACCCAGAGGGUGAGAAGCUACCAAGCGAGGGCUCACAGGAAGCAGAUUACGCACCGGAGGUGA